AUGGCGCAAAUUGCAAUAUAUCGAAACAAUCUGUUAGACAAUCUUAGAGAAGAUCGUGUUUGCACGGCCUUUGGAAUCAAAAUCAUCCCCACAGGUGAGAUCGUGCAGAUUGCAAAACAGGCCGGUUACGGCUCUCUUUUCAUUGACCUAGAGCAUACAACCCUCACACUCAAGGAUGCCAGUCAACUCUGCAUUACAGGUUUAUGUGCAGGGAUUACUCCGUUUGUAAGGGUACCACAUGAAUGUGGUAGUGGUUUUAUUCAGAGAGUGCUUGAUGGCGGAGCCAUGGGAAUCAUUGUGCCACAUAUCCUUGGGGUUGGUAUGGCAGUCAAGUCAGUCGAGAAUGAUCAUGGCGCUAACUAUAUGAUAGAGGAUGCUAGAAAAGUCAUCCAAACCUCCAAAUUCCCACCCCUUGGUAAGCGGUCGUUGACUGCUGGUUUACCACACUUCGGUUAUGCUCCGACACCAGCGACAGCGACAGCUCCUCAACUGAAUGAAUCAGGGUCCACGGUGUUCAUCAUGAUCGAAACAGCCGAUGCACUGGAAACUGUUGAUGAUAUUGCAGCAUUGCCUGGCUGUGAUGUCCUAUUGGUGGGUGCCAACGACCUCGCUACCGAGUUGGGCAUCAUGGGGGAUUUUGAUCAUCCUAAAUUUAUGCAGGCCCUGGAGAAAGUAUCGAAUGCUUCCAAAACGCACAACAAGGUGUUUGCCAUCGGAGGUCUAUACCAUCGACCAGAUCUAAUGGAUCGUGUGGUGAAUGACUUGGGGGCCAGGUGGGUGAUCGGAGGGCAGGAUGUGGGAAUGCUGGUCAAUGCCACGCGACAAAAUUGUUUGGCGCUCAAAGCCAUCCAGAGAUCGUGA